GUCCUGAAUUCAAUAGUUCCAUAGUCAGAAGAAACUGACAAAAUGGAAAGAAACAAUUUUACAUUUGUGGUGGAAUUCAUUCUCCUGGGAUUUUCUGACCUUCCCAAUCUCCGAGGUUUUCUAUUUGGAAUUUUAUUAGUGACCUAUAUGAGUAUACUUAUAGGAAAUGGACUUCUCAUUGUCAUAACUAAGAUGAAUCCUACCCUUCAAACCCCCAUGUACUUUUUCCUUGGAAAUUUUUCCUUCUUGGAAAUAUGUUACACAUCAGUCACUCUCCCUAGAAUGCUAAGAGAUAUUUGGACUCAGAAGGGAAACAUCCCUUUCUUAGAAUGUGCUAUACAAACUUGCUUCUUUUAUAUUCUAGGAGCUGCAGAGUGCUUAUUCCUGGCUGUGAUGGCUUAUGACAGAUAUGUAGCCAUCUGUAAGCCUCUUUACUAUCCUCUCAUCAUGAAUCACAAGGUAUGUGUCCAAUUGGUAAUUGCCUCCUGGGUCACUGGGAUGCCAGUCCAGAUAGGACUAAUAUACCAGAUUUUCUCUCUGAACUUUUGUGGUUCUAACAAACUUAAUCAUAUUUUCUGUGAUGCUUCACCACUACUAGAAAUUGCAUGUGGGGACACAUAUUAUAAAGAGCUUUUUCUCCAUAUAACUACUCUCUUUUUUGGCAUGAUUCCCUUUCUGUUGAUAUUUAUGUCUUAUGUCAAAAUCAUUGUCACUGUCCUGAAGCUGCCAUCAACCUCAGGGAAAUCCAAAGCUUUCUCCACUUGCUCUUCUCAUCUCAUGGUUGUAGGUUUAUUCUAUGGGUCUGGUUGUAUCGUGUAUGUGCGUCCCAAAUCCAGUCAUUCAGCCAAAUCUGACAAAUUCUUUUCCCUUUUCUAUACUAUUGUGACAUCAGCAUUAAACCCUAUGAUAUAUAGCAUGAGGAAUAAGGAUGUAAUUGCUGCUUUGAAAAACAUCAUUCCAAAAUGA